UUCGUCGGUUUAGAUUCUUACAUCCACCGAUAAAGGAGGGGAAAAGAAACCGAAAACAACGUGGGCCUUAUCGAAAUGGUGUCAUCCGAAAAGGGUAGCCAGAGCCGUCGUUUUCCCGCCCCCAUGAUUAUAAAUACCUUUCCUGCCCGCCAUUCGUCCAAGCACCAUCCCUCUAACGAACUUACUAAUUAAUCACCACUGCUCACCCCAUCUUUCUAUUUCAACUUUUGAAGCGCAAAACCCAACCCGCAAAGUCGCCACUGAUUCGACAGUUUGUAAGGCCAAAGAAGAAUUCUUGACAAUGGGGAGUGAAGUUCUGUCUCUAUCAAUUUUACCGGGGCCUGAAUUUGCUGGGAAAGAUGAGAAUUUGAGGGAUCUUGGUUCUGGAGAUCACGGGUGCAAACAUUACAGUAGGAGAUGCAAGAUUAGAGCCCCAUGUUGUAAUGAGAUCUUUAAUUGCAGGCAUUGUCAUAACGAAGCUAAGAACUCUCUGGAGGUUGAUCCCCUUCAUAGGCAUGACCUUCCUCGGCAUGAAGUUAAAACUGUUAUAUGUUCCCUGUGUGGCACAGAACAAAAUGUUCAACAAAUAUGCCAAAGUUGUGGGGUUUGCAUGGGCAAAUACUUUUGUCAGAAGUGCAAAUUCUUUGAUGAUGAUGUCUCCAAGAAACAAUACCACUGUCAUGAAUGUGGGAUAUGCAGAACUGGAGGCAAAGAAAACUUCUUUCAUUGUAACAAGUGUGGAUGUUGCUACUCAAAAUGGAUUAAGGAUGCACAUAAUUGUGUUGAAAGGGCAAUGCACCACAACUGUCCAGUCUGUCUUGAGUAUUUAUUUGAUACAACAAAAGAUAUAACUGUUUUACCGUGCGGGCACACGAUACAUUUGGACUGCGUGCAAAAGAUGGAGCAUCACAGCCGGUACUCAUGUCCCGUGUGCUCAAAAUCCAUCUGUGAUCUGUCAAACUUGUGGAGAAUGAUCGACCAAGAAGUUGAUGCAACUCAAAUGCCUGAGAUGUAUAAGGACAAGAUGGUGUGGAUCCUCUGCAAUGACUGUGGUGCAAUUGCUGAAGUGCAUUUUCACAUUUUGGCACACAAAUGCUUAAGAUGCAAGUCUUAUAACACUAGACAGAUCCAAGGAGGCCCUGCAUCUUCGUGCUCAUCAUCCUCUGGCCAUAGAAUUGCCGAGGCAGUCAGAUGACACUUCUGGUUUAGACAAGGCAGCUUUAAGAUGAUACCGGUGGCUCCAUCCAUAGAUACGGCUAGAAAAGUAGUAGUACCCCAAAGAACUUUUGGGGGAUCAAGGAAAUAAUGUAUCUAAGCUAGAACUUAUGCAGGUUCUAAAGGAAUAAUUGAUUAAUUGGUUCAAGAAGUUUGUCAGUCUUGUAAGGGGUAGCUGGGCAGAGAACCUAGCUAACCAGCUGAUGUUUCAAUUCCUGGAUGCCAUUUCUUUGAAAGUUGAUUUAUCAUUUCUUUUC